UGUUUUUUUUUUUAACACGAACUCGUAAUUUCAUUCAAUUUUAGUUGGAUCUUCUUUUUGUCCCGAAAAAUGCAAUUUUUUGGUAUGUAGUUUGCCUGAAAACUGCAAAAAUGAGCACUGCGAACAACGCGCUGGAACCACCGGCCAGCUGCACACUCUGCCAGGCCGACGACCGUCCCCUGACAAGCCUGAUAUCGACGGAUGCGAGGGCCAGGCAACUGCGACGGUACAUCCGGGAUUGUCUCAAGAUUGUGACAAACUCUGAAGAUGACAAAAACACCCGAAUUUGCGCCGAUUGUGGCGAAAAGCUUCAGUCUUUCAACUGGUUCUACCACCAAGGACAGGCAAACGAUGUGUUCCUGAAGCAGCUUCCCGAGGGAACCAUUCCAGCCGAUGAGCUGUACUGUCGGUUGUGUCUGGGCCUGAAGAGCAACAUGUACAACGUGUUCCCCACAAACGGUCAACCGGAGAACCCGCUGAGCGAAAUCAUCGCCGAGUGCGUGGGCGUAAGCUUGAGCUUUUACCAGGACUUUGGGGCGUUGAUUUGUCCGUCGUGCCACACCCAGCUGGAGGGUUUCACCACCUUCAAGCGAAUUAGCAAGCAAAUUUUGCUGGACAUUGGCGAUUCGGGGGCGAACGUGUCCGUCGAAGAAACCAGCGAGGAAGUUCGCCAACCCGGUCCGGACCCGGAGUCGCUGCUCGAGGUGAUGAGCGUUGAGCCGGAACCGACGAAGGGCUCGAGCAAGUCCAAGAAGCGGAAAAAGCCACCCCGACAGGUCGUCGAACCGAAGCAGAUCAAGGUUGAACCCGAACCGCAGUUUACGAAUUCGAGUGUGGCUUUUGCGAAAAACGGUCGCCAGCGCAUGUUCCGGAUGCUGAGGGUGGCCGACGACGAGCGUAACUUUGAAGUGAUCAAAGAAAUUAAGGGGCGGUCGAAAAUCGUAGUCGACGGAUACCGGUUUGUGUUUACGUCGGAGAAAAAGGACGGCACCAGCGUUUGGAACUGCGAGUGGAAGGUGCUGCACAAUUGCAAGCACACGAUAACCUUGGACGCCAACACAAAGUUUGCGACCUUUCCGAAAGGCAUGGUUCAUCCGCAUGAGCCGGAAACGCGCCUUCUGAAGUGUCCUCUCGGAAGGGGAAAUUUCCUCCAAGACGACGGCACCGAAGAUCCGUUUUGGCUGAUUGGAGAAUCAGGCCUGAACAAGCAAAACGAACGACACCUGAUUUACCAGAACCAGCGAUACGUACUGCGCAGCAUCAACGCGAUGAACGACACGAGCGAGUGGGUGUGCAAUGUGGCCAAAUGCAAAUCCCGGGUGGAGAUUAUCGGAAUCUUUAAAUUCAUCUCGUUGGCAAGUGCUGAACAUGGUCAUGCACCACUGGCAUAUCGCGAAGUGUGUCAAGCGCUCAAAUCGAGCAAGAUUGGCGUUGAUGCGAGGGAUUUGAUAACGGAGUUCCGUGAACAAACGCUGCCCGAGGAGGAGUUCAAAAAGCUGAGAGGAAGACGCACGGAACAUUUAGCACCGGCAAUAUACGCCAAAAUGGCGGUGGAAGAUUCCGGUCGAAACUACGACAUUCUCAAGAUCAAGGAAAACCUGUUCAAAGUCUGCUUUCAACAGUACGGUUACAAGUACUAUCUAAGGUUGGGCGAAGGCGCAACGCUCUGGAAGUGCAUCUGGGAAGGCCUGCACAAUUGCAACGCGAUGGUGCAAAUUUCGCCGGACGCAAAACGAGCCGAACUGUGGGGCAGCAUCCAGCACACCCAUCCAGCCAUCCCAGCACCCAUUUUCGACUGUGAUCUUAUCAAAUACUCAGUUCGUAGCAUUACAAGCGCGGCCAUCGAGACGAUUGAACUUCUCUCUCGCAAAUGUCUUUACUUUGACAGUCGUUCGCUAGUCUACCGGAAGCACAUCUACAACCUGAACCAGGUCGUCAACCAGACCGAAACGCGCUGGUCCUGCGUCAAAGCCGGCUCCAACGGUCAAAUGUGUCCUGCUUUACUCAUCAUCAACGGCAUGAUGGAGUCAUUCCUUCACAAAGGACUUCACUGUGAUCAACCUCUGACCGAUUCCCAGCUGCGCAACAUCAUCCUCCCCGGAAACACGAUCGAUCUAUCCGUACAGCAAGACACCCUCCCCGACUCGGACGAUUCCGAACCGGACGAACCAACCCAGGAACCCCCACCGGAUGUCCUUAUAAUACUCAAGCAACAACUCUUCAAUUUCACCCUGGGACGCGCCACAAUCUACGACAAGCAGGAAGGCAAAGUAAUGCCCUUUUACUUUCUCAAGGACACCACCAAACAGGACGACGGCGCGUACCUUCUUUUCUACCAACAGCAUCGCUACUCGUUCGCCUCGAUCGAUGAGUACGGCGUCAGUCAGUGGAUUUGCUCGAAGCUGCUGCAAUCGGACGCGCACGGAGUCACCUGCACGGCGCACAUCACCGUUGAAGGGGUCUUCCAGCGGCUUGAGGCAAAGGGCGGCCACAACCACGAGGGGGCCGCCAUGAUGGAGUACGUGUACAGGCCGGAAGGGGAGCUGGUGCGGGCGGGAGUUUCGUGAGGCGGUUUUUUGUUGUUGUAAUUUUGUGUCUUAUUUAUUCUCAUUUAUAGCGUUAUAUGUUCUGGUCCAAUGGGGUUUAUAACUUGAGAUUUUACAACACAGUGUAAAAUGUGUACGUAACGUAGAGUAUUCAAUUUAAAAUAAACUUGACAAGGAUUUAAUCCCACUACACACUUGUUUUAU